UAAAAACAUCACCACCUCUGUGGAGGGCUUGCACUCCGCUCGCGACGUUGCGCAAGGGAUGGAGAGCCGCGAGGAGAUGCUGGCCCAGGAGGCUCAGACGCGCUAAGAGCACCGCGGCUUUGGCGGAUGGGAGCCCCGGUAGAGGUUCGCACGGGAAGCCGGACCGCAGAAGCCGCCCGAGUCCCUUCGCGAGGACGGAGGCGGUGAUGGAGGAGAUCGCCCGCAGGAAUCUGUGCGCGGAGAUGGGAGACGGGCACCGGAGCGACGGCCCCCACGAUAAUAAAGACGGCAGCAGCUCGGACACGGAGUCGGACUUCUACGAGGAAAUCGACGUGAGCUGCACGCCUGAAAGCAUGGACUACCCCUCAGCUAAAGGUCGAAAUGUGGAUUCGCCUGGUCUGCCGAGCGAUUCUGGUUCUGACCUGGGUAAGCCGGUGCCAGGUCAGAACUCUCUGUCCUACUCGGCGGAUCAGAUUCGCCGGUACCGCACAGCCUUCACCCGGGAGCAGAUCGCGCGGCUGGAGAAGGAAUUUUACCGGGAGAACUACGUGUCCAGGCCGAGGAGGUGCGAGCUGGCAGCCGCGUUGAAUCUGCCAGAAACUACCAUUAAGGUGUGGUUCCAGAACCGCAGAAUGAAGGACAAACGUCAACGUCUGGCAAUGACGUGGCCUCACCCUGCCGACCCGGCCUUCUACACCUACAUGAUGAGCCACGCGGCGGCCGCGGGGGGCCUGCCCUACCCCUUCCCGUCCCACUUGCCGCUGCCCUACUACUCGCACCUGGGGGCGGGAGCCGGCUCCGCUGCGGCCCCCGCCUCUCCUUUUCCCACCCCCCUGCGCUCCUUGGACAGUUUCCGCAUGCUGUCCCACCACUACCAGAGGCCGGAACUCCUGUGCGCCUUCAGACACCCGCCCUUGUACCAGAGUCCGGCCCACGGGCUCGGUCCCGGGGGAAGCCCGUGCACUUGUCUGGCCUGUCACUCGGCCCCGUCCAGGUCCCCGGCCUCGGACUUCACCUGCUCCCCAACUAGCAGGACUGAUGCUUUUGUCACUUUUACGCCUUCCGUGUUGAGCAAAGCUUCACCCGUGACCGUGGACCAGCGGGAGGAGGUGCCCCUAACCAGAUAAAACCCAAACUGUUGUACAGCAUAUAUGCUUCACGCUCAUAUUUAACCUAAUGCCAACAGUCUUUAAGUUGGCACCAGACCAUAGCGCGCGCGCCCACACACGCACACACACAAAAGAAAAAAAAAGAAGAAGAAAAGAACGUGCUGCCAAUUAUAAAGCACAUUUAAAAUAAAAGAAAAUGACAAUUCAGGACCAAAAAAAAAAAGUAGCUACUGACACAUUUCCACCCCCAUUAUUUUUCAAAGGUUACUGUUUUUCCAGGUCCAACCUCACCUACGUAUAUUGUUACAAUGAUGCUUCCAGAGUCUCCUUCUAACAAGGGGGAUUUGUUUUGUCUCAUUAGAGGCGGACCUCCGCCUUGUGCACGUGAAAUUACAGCCUGAUGUAUAUGUAGGAGCCGCUGAAUUAAUGAUAAU